GAAGUAGUUCCGGGUGCGCGGCCCCGGAUGUUGGCUGCUCUCGCUGCCGCCACCGCUCUGGGCGCUGCUUGGGGCCUCGGCCGCUCGCACCAGGCGCCGUUGGGACCUUUCCCGGCGGGCGAAGACGCACGCAGCGGCCGGGGGCUCGGCCGGGCCGUCCCGGCCUGCGCAGCCUGAGAUUCUCUUUGUGGCCAGAUGGGUUUGUAUGGACAGGUUUGUCCAUCUGUAACUUCAUUAAGAUUUAACUCAGGCUUUCCCUCACUUUGGAACUCCUAGAUUUGUGAAUAUUGGAUAUUUUGAGAAGCAGGGGUUCUUUCCUUGAUACUGACUAAGGAGUCUAUUUACCUUCAGGAUGACAUCUGAAUUGGAGAGCAGCCUAACAUCUAUGGACUGGUUACCCCAGCUCACCAUGAGAGCAGCCAUUCAAAAAUCUGAUGCUACACAAAAUGCACAUGGAACAGGAAUUUCCAAGAAGAAUGCACUCCUGGACCCCAAUACAACUCUGGACCAGGAAGAAGUCCAACAGCACAAAGAUGGGAAACCGCCAUACAGUUACGCCAGCCUCAUUACAUUUGCAAUUAAUAGUUCACCCAAAAAGAAAAUGACACUAAGUGAGAUUUACCAGUGGAUUUGUGAUAACUUCCCAUAUUAUAGAGAGGCUGGCAGUGGUUGGAAGAAUUCCAUACGACAUAAUCUGUCGCUGAACAAGUGUUUCCUUAAAGUGCCUCGAUCCAAGGAUGACCCUGGAAAGGGAUCUUAUUGGGCAAUAGACACCAAUCCGAAGGAAGAUGCGCUGCCUACUCGGCCAAAGAAGAGAGCACGAUCUGUAGAACGGGCCUCAACUCCAUAUAGCAUAGAUUCAGAUUCUUUGGGAAUGGAGUGUAUUAUUUCGGGAAGUGCCUCUCCAACUCUGGCAAUCAACACUGUGACUAACAAAGUAACAUUGUACAACACUGAGCAGGAUGGUAGUGAUAGUCCACGCAGUAGCCUUAACAACAGUCUCUCAGACCAGAGUUUGGCAUCUGUUAAUUUGAAUAGUGUUGGAAGUGUGCAUAGUUAUACACCGGUGACAAAUCAUCCAGAACCAGUCUCUCAGUCAUUAACUCCCCAGCAGCAGCCACAGUACAACCUUCCAGAACGAGACAAACAACUACUUUUCUCAGAAUAUAAUUUUGAAGAUCUCAGUGCCUCAUUUCGGAGCCUUUAUAAGUCAGUUUUUGAGCAGUCACUUAGUCAACAAGGUUUGAUGAACAUCCCUUCGGAGUCUUCCCAGCAAUCCCAUACUUCGUGUUCCUAUCAGCAAUCUCCUAGCAGUACAGUGAGCUCUCACCCACACGGCAACCAAAGCAACCUGUCCAACAAUCAUGGCAGUGGCCUCAAUGCCACAGGCAGUAAUUCGGUUGCACAGGUCUCAUUGUCUCACCCCCAGAUACACACACAAUCGUCUCCACAUCCACCCCAUCGACCACAUGGUUUACCACAGCAUCCGCAGCGUCCCCAGCAUCCAGCAUCGCACCCACAACAGCACAGCCAGCUCCAGUCCCCUCAUCCCCAGCACCCCUCUCCACAACAACACAGCCAGCUCCAGUCUCCUCAUUCCCAGCACCCCUCUCCACAUCAACACAUGCAGCAUCAUUCGAACCAUCAGCAUCAGACGUUAACACAUCAGGCACCCCCACCCCCACAACAGGUAUCCUGUAAUUCUGGUGUUUCAAAUGAUUGGUAUGCAACACUUGAUAUGCUAAAAGAAAGCUGUCGAAUUGCUAGCAGUGUUAAUUGGUCAGAUGUAGACCUUUCACAGUUCCAAGGUUUGAUGGAGAGUAUGAGACAGGCAGAUCUCAAGAACUGGUCUUUAGAUCAGGUUCAAUUUGCUGAUCUCUGUUCUUCUCUUAAUCAAUUCUUUACACAAACUGGCCUUAUCCACUCACAGAGUAAUGUUCAGCAAAAUGUCUGUCAUGGUGCCAUGCAUCCAACAAAACCCUCCCAACACAUUGGAACAGGAAAUUUGUACUUAGACUCCAGGCAAAAUCUUCCUCCUUCAGUGAUGCCACCUCCUGGUUAUCCUCAUAUCCCACAGGCACUCAGCACCCCAGGAACGACGAUUACAGGCCACCACGGAGCCAUGAACCAGCAGCACAUGAUGCCUUCCCCCGCCUUCCAGAUGCGGCGCGCGCUGCCUCCCGAUGACAUCCAGGAUGACUUUGAUUGGGAUUCAAUUGUGUAGAGCUUGUUUCUGCGACCUCAGCCCCCAGCAUCACCUUUCUGUGCAGUGAAGGGAAAGGUUUAAGAGAAUCCAGUUGAGAAAACAAAGUUGCUAAUCACUUUACCAAUGUUAUACAAAUUUCUUUUGAAGACAAUCAAAAAGAUUUUAGCUGGAUAACUUUGCUUUUAUCUGACCCAAACAAGUACUACAUGUUUGUCUCCUGCCAGCUCUUCUGUGUAGCUCCUAACUGUUGUGUGAUUUAAACAGCUUUUGCAUAUUUGUGUCAAUUUGAUGUUGACCACAAGUGCCAGACUGAUUUUUCAGACAGAGCCUGUUUUGCUGCAAGCAGUUUAUAGAUACAAAUGUGUAAAUAUAUGUACAAAAUUUACUGAAAGACUUCAAUUUUUUUCUAAUUGGAUUAUUAGAUCUUGAAAAGAAAGUUACUGUGAGUUUUUAUUCCUUGUUAGGCUAUUUUUUGCAGGAUGCUUUUAACUGAUGUGAACAACUGAAAGGAAAUAGAUUUUUUUAAAAAGCCCAGUUCUUUUUAUUUAAUCUUUUCAGAAAUGUGGGUAUUGAGGUCUACCCGGUAAGUGAAAAGCCCAGAAUUUGAUACUCUCUGAUAGUCCAAAGGGGCACGUUGAGAACUGACCAAACUUGUUUUGAUGCUUGGGGAUUGUAGAAUUUAUGUUAUACCUUGUCAGUGUCUGUUUUCUUAAGUCUGCAUUAUAAUAGCUCUAAAAUUUAUUUGAUUGAUUAGAAGCUGGUCAUUGUUUGGCUCUUUAAACAGAUUGCUAUCUCCACUUAUUUAUUAUUCAAAAGUGUUAUUUUAAUAUUUAUUGCUACCUUCUGUGAAUGCUCAGCUCUAAUUGGAUUUAUUAAGGAGAAAUGGAGUAUCUGAAAGCACAGAAAUAUUUUUCUUGAUAACAGUGUACAGAUAAGACAAUCAGAGAGAUUGUGUUAUUCUUAUGACCAUCACUCCUCAUACCAUGUGAGUAUAUUUCUCUAUCUUAGCAUUCCUGCUGACUGAAACAUAUUAGUUAAAUAGGAUUCUUUCUAGUAUUUGAAUCCAUUCAUUUGGGCAACAAAUGGCAAGGGAUUGUUUAUAAAGCAAGUGUUCCCAUUCGUUCUCUUUCCAUUUAGGAAACAAUGACAGGAGGAUGGAGACACAUGUAUUGUUAGUGGCCUGCUGUGUCUGUUGUACUGUGUUUCUGAGGUUGCAUGACAUUUGGUUACUGUCUUUGAAAUGCAACCUGCCUCUUAGAGGUUUUCCUUAGUUGUUCUUUCUUUAUAUGAUUCAUAUCAUAUCACAGUUACUUUGCAUGGAAUGCCUUAGUUUUCUAAAAGAAAUGAGGUUUUUAAAAAUUAAUAUAUUUUGAUUGGUUCCUUAGAC